AUUACAACAACUUUGUGCUGGUGCCGGGGAAGUUUGUGUCUCUAACAAAUCCCUCCCGUGCCCCCCAGGCCCGUACGCUCCGGCCGUUCCCGCCGUCCCGGCCCGUGGCUCCCCCCCCCCCCGCCUGCCCCCGCGAUGUGACCCUUCAGCUGAGCCGCUGCUGCUGCCGACCCGGGGGCUCCGCAGCCCCUACCACCGCCGCCUUUACCGCUGCUGCGUUCGGAUUUCUCGUCGCUGCCGCCUCCGGCGGAGGAGGAGGUGGCGAUAAAGUUGGUGUGCAGGUCCCGCGCGGAGAUUGGGGACGUCGUUGCGGGCCCCUGCCCGGGGCGGGUGUCGGCAUUGGAGUUGUGAAUUCGCUGCGUUUCCAUGAAAUCCUGCGGAGUGUCGCUCGCUACCGCCGCCGCUGCCGCCGCCGCCGCCGCCACCGCUUUCGGUGAUGAGGAAAAGAAAAUGGCGGCGGGAAAAGCGAGCGGCGAGAGCGAGGAGGCGUCCCCCAGCCUGACAGCCGAGGAGAGGGAGGCGCUCGGCGGACUGGACAGCCGCCACUUCGGGUUCGUGAGGUUUCAUGAAGAUGGCGCCAGGACGAAGGCCCUAUUGGGCAAGGCUGUUCGCUGCUACGAAUCUCUAAUCUUAAAAGCUGAAGGCAAAGUGGAGUCUGAUUUCUUUUGUCAGUUAGGUCACUUCAACCUCUUAUUGGAAGAUUAUCCAAAAGCAUUAUCUGCAUACCAGAGGUACUACAGUUUACAAUCUGACUACUGGAAGAAUGCUGCCUUUUUAUAUGGUCUUGGUUUGGUCUACUUCCAUUACAAUGCAUUUCAGUGGGCAAUUAAAGCAUUUCAGGAGGUGCUUUAUGUUGAUCCCAGCUUUUGUCGAGCCAAGGAAAUUCAUUUACGACUUGGGCUUAUGUUCAAAGUGAACACAGACUAUGAGUCUAGUUUAAAGCAUUUUCAGUUAGCGUUGGUUGACUGUAAUCCCUGCACUUUGUCUAAUGCUGAAAUUCAAUUUCACAUUGCCCACUUAUAUGAAACCCAGAGGAAGUAUCAUUCUGCAAAGGAAGCUUAUGAACAACUUUUGCAGACAGAAAACCUGUCUGCACAAGUAAAAGCAACUGUCUUGCAACAGUUAGGUUGGAUGCAUCACACUAUAGAUCUCCUGGCAGAUAAAGCCACCAAGGAAAACUAUGCUAUUCAGUAUCUCCAAAAGUCCUUGGAAGCAGAUCCUAAUUCUGGCCAGUCCUGGUAUUUCCUUGGAAGGUGCUAUUCAAGUAUUGGGAAAGUUCAGGAUGCCUUUAUAUCUUACAGGCAGUCUAUUGAUAAAUCAGAAGCAAGUGCAGAUACAUGGUGUUCAAUAGGUGUGCUAUAUCAGCAGCAAAAUCAGCCUAUGGAUGCUUUACAGGCCUAUAUUUGUGCUGUACAAUUGGAUCAUGGCCAUGCUGCAGCUUGGAUGGACCUAGGCACACUCUAUGAAUCCUGCAACCAGCCUCAGGAUGCCAUUAAAUGCUACUUAAAUGCAACCAGAAGCAAAAGUUGUAGUAAUACCUCUGCACUUGCAGCACGAAUUAAGUAUUUACAGGCAUGUAAACCUCAUCAUCCAAAUACAGAACCUGUAUUAGGCCUCAGUCAAACACCAAUUUCACAGCAAUCCUUGCCACUACACAUGAUUCCUUCUAGCCAAGUAGAUGACCUGUCCAGUCCUGCCAAGAGGAAAAGAACAUCUAGUCCAUCAAAGAAUACUUCUGAUAAUUGGAGUAGUGGCCAUACAGUGUCACAUCCUCCAGUACAGCAACAAACUCAUUCAUGGUCUUUGACACCACAGAAAUUACAGCACUUGGAACAGCUCCGUGCAAAUAGAAAUAAUUUAAAUCCAGCACAGAAACUGAUGCUGGAACAGCUGGAAAGUCAGUUUGUCUUAAUGCAGCAACACCAAAUGAGACAGACAGGAGUUGCACAGGUACGAUCUACUGGAAUUCCUAAUGGGCCAACAACUGACUCAUCACUGCCUACCAACUCAGUCUCUGGCCAGCAGACACAGCUUGCUCUGACUAGAGUGCCUAGCGUCUCUCAGCCUGGAGUCCGCCCUGCCUGCCCUGGGCAGCCUUUGGCCAAUGGACCCUUUUCUGCAGGCCAUGUUCCCUGUAGCACAUCAAGAACGCUGGAAAGUACAGACACUAUUUUGAUAGGCAAUAAUCACAUAACAGGAAGUGGAAGUAAUGGAAACGUGCCUUACCCGCAGCGAAACACACUCACUCUACCUCAUAACCGCACAAACCUGACCAGCAGCGCAGAGGAGCCGUGGAAAAACCAACUAUCUAACUCCACUCAGGGGCUUCACAAAGGUCAGAGUUCACAUUUGGCAGGUCCUAAUGGUGAACGACCUCUCUCUUCCACUGGGCCUUCCCAGCAUCUCCAGGCAGCUGGCUCUGGUAUUCAGAAUCAGAAUGGACAUCCCACCCUGCCUAGCAAUUCAGUAACACAGGGGGCUGCUCUCAAUCACCUCUCCUCUCACACUGCUACCUCAGGUGGACAACAAGGCAUUACCUUAACCAAAGAGAGCAAGCCUUCAGGAAACACAUCAAUGGUGCCUGAAACAAGUAGGCACACUGGAGAGACACCUAACAGCACUGCCAGUGUCGAGGGACUUCCUAAUCAUGUCCAUCAGGUGACAGAUGCUGUUUGCAGUCCUAGCCAUGGAGAUUCAAAGUCACCAGGUUUACUAAGUUCAGACAAUCCUCAGCUCUCUGCCUUGUUGAUGGGAAAAGCCAAUAACAAUGUGGGUACUGGAACCUGUGACAAAGUCAAUAACAUCCACCCAACUCUUCAUACAAAGACUGAUAAUUCUGUUGCCUCUUCACCGUCUUCAGCCAUUUCUACAGCAACACCUUCUCCAAAAUCCACUGAGCAGACAACCACAAACAGUGUUACCAGCCUUAACAGUCCUCACAGUGGGCUACACACAAUUAAUGGAGAAGGGAUGGAAGAAUCUCAGAGCCCCAUGAAAACAGAUCUGCUUCUGAUUAGUCACAAACCUAGUCCUCAGAUCAUACCAUCAAUGUCUGUGUCCAUAUACCCCAGCUCAGCAGAAGUUCUGAAGGCAUGCAGGAAUCUAGGUAAAAAUGGCUUAUCUAACAGUAGCAUUUUAUUGGAUAAAUGUCCACCUCCAAGACCACCAUCUUCACCAUACCCUCCCUUGCCAAAGGACAAGUUGAAUCCACCUACACCUAGUAUUUAUUUGGAAAAUAAACGUGAUGCUUUCUUUCCUCCAUUACAUCAAUUUUGUACAAAUCCAAACAACCCUGUUACAGUAAUACGUGGCCUUGCUGGAGCUCUUAAGUUGGACCUAGGACUUUUCUCUACCAAAACUUUGGUAGAAGCUAACAAUGAACAUAUGGUGGAAGUGAGGACACAGUUGUUGCAGCCAGCAGAUGAAAACUGGGAUCCCACUGGAACAAAGAAAAUCUGGCAUUGUGAAAGUAAUCUGUCUCAUACUACAAUUGCUAAAUAUGCACAGUACCAGGCCUCCUCCUUCCAGGAAUCAUUGAGAGAAGAAAAUGAGAAAAGAAGUCACCAUAAAGAACACUCGGAUAGUGAAUCUACAUCUUCAGAUAAUUCUGGGAGGAGGAGGAAAGGACCUUUUAAAACCAUAAAGUUUGGGACCAACAUUGACCUAUCUGAUGACAAAAAGUGGAAAUUGCAGCUACACGAACUGACUAAACUUCCUGCUUUCGUGCGUGUUGUAUCAGCAGGAAAUCUUCUAAGUCACGUUGGUCAUACCAUACUGGGCAUGAACACAGUUCAACUGUACAUGAAAGUUCCAGGAAGCAGGACACCGGGUCAUCAAGAAAAUAACAACUUCUGUUCAGUUAACAUAAAUAUUGGUCCAGGUGACUGUGAAUGGUUCGUUGUUCCUGAAGGUUACUGGGGUGUUCUGAAUGAUUUCUGUGAAAAAAAUAAUUUGAAUUUCCUAAUGGGUUCUUGGUGGCCCAACCUUGAAGAUCUUUAUGAAGCAAAUGUUCCAGUAUAUAGGUUUAUUCAACGACCUGGAGAUUUGGUCUGGAUAAAUGCAGGCACUGUUCAUUGGGUUCAGGCUAUUGGCUGGUGCAACAACAUUGCUUGGAAUGUUGGUCCACUUACAGCCUGCCAGUAUAAGUUGGCAGUGGAACGGUACGAAUGGAACAAAUUGCAAAGUGUGAAGUCAAUAGUACCCAUGGUUCAUCUUUCCUGGAAUAUGGCACGAAAUAUCAAGGUCUCAGAUCCAAAGCUUUUUGAAAUGAUUAAGUAUUGUCUUCUAAGAACUCUAAAGCAAUGUCAGACAUUGAGGGAAGCUCUCAUUGCUGCCGGAAAAGAGAUUAUAUGGCAUGGGCGGACAAAAGAAGAACCUGCGCAUUAUUGUAGCAUUUGUGAGGUGGAGGUUUUUGAUUUGCUUUUUGUUACGAAUGAGAGCAUUUCUCAGAAGACCUACAUAGUGCAUUGCCAAGAUUGUGCACGAAAAACAAGCAGAAACCUGGAAAAUUUUGUGGUGCUAGAACAGUACAAGAUGGAGGACCUGAUGCAAGUCUAUGAUCAAUUUACAUUAGCUCCUCCAUUACCAUCUUCCUCAUCUUGAUAUUGUUCCAUGGACAUUAAAUGCGACCUUUUCUGCUAUUCAGGAAGUAAUCCAGUUCUGCACCACUGGUUUUUGUAGCUGUCGCGUAAGGCUGCUGGCUGAAAACUGUGUCUAUGCAACCUUCCAAGUGCAGAGUGUCAACCAACUGGACAGAGAGCACUGCUCCUACUCCAGGACUUUCACAAAGCUGAUCAGCUGUACUUCAGAAAAAAAAAUUAUUUCUGUGUUUUGUAUAUAUCUGACAAAACUGGCAACAUCAUACAGACUACUGACUUGAAGACAACCUCUUUUAUAUUUCUCUAUUUCUGGGCUGAUGGAUCAGUUUUCAUCUUUUCCCCCUUCAGAAUUUUCCUUGGAAAAAAAUACUAGUGUAGCUGAUCAUUUCUUUGUAAGGUAGUUAGCAAUUUUAAGGCUUUCUUUGGUCACCUUUUUUUUUUUAAUGUGAAAAUUAGGUAAGGAACUUUUUUACUGCUUUUAUGUUUCUCUGCCUUGUUUUGAAACCAUGACGGUUAUUACACUUUUGGUUCCUAAAUAAAAUGUUUAAAAAAUUAACAGCCAAGUCACAAAGAUAAUGGAUUGCACAUAGACUAAGGAAUAAACUUCAGAUUUGUGAUUUUUGUUUCUAAUCUUGAUGUAAAUUUACACUAUUUAUAAAUACAUAUUUAUUGCUCGAAAAUAUUUGUGAAUGGAAUGCUGUUAUUUUUUCCAGAUUUACCUGCCAUUGAAAUUUUAAGGAGUUCUGUAAUUUCAAACACUACUCCUAUUACAUUUUCUAUGUGUAAAUAAAACUGCUUAGCAUUGUACAGAAACUUUUAUUAAAAUUGUUUAAUGUUUAAAGAGUUUUCUAUUGUUUGAGUUUUAAAAAGACUUUAUGUACAGUGCCCAGUUUUUGUUCAUUUUUCAAAUCUGAUUAUAUAUAUUUUAUAUAUACUUAUGUAUGUAUAUAUAAUAUAUAUAGAAAUCUGGAUAUAUAUGUAUAAAGAUUUAGAACUUAAAAUUUUCUCAUUUUAAGUUUCACAUCUAUGGUAGAUUUUUGAGGUGUCUACUGUAAAGUAUUGCUUACAAAAGUAUGAUUAUUUUUAAAGAAAUAUAUAUGGUAUGUAUCUUCAACACCUAAAAUGUCAGACUGGUUUAUUGUUAAGUUGCAAUUACUACAGUGACAGACCAAUAAACAAUUGCUGCCAAAA